AUGAUUCCCACCGUUGGCCAAACUCCACGGAACUCCAUCUCUUCUUCUAACGAGCAUUUCCUGGACCUUGCUGCCUUCGAGAACUAUUCCUUUGAUCUCCCCGAAGGCGAACCCCAAUAUACUCUUGCUUCUUCUGCUUCUGUUGUCAACCCUCGCCAUCUGGACUCGUCUGCAGUUGACACCGGCGGUGUACCCAGUCACCGAACCGGCCCGGACCCCUGGACACACGUGGAUGCCACAGUAGGGCCUAAAACUGGACUGCCUGAUACUAUGAAUUCGAAUCAACAUGGGCUGCCUUCAGGACACCUGAGAACUCCAACGCAUGCUCUUCGUCCGUCCUCUGUCGGUGGACGUAUGACCUUUGAAGACUCGGCUUAUGCCACUGCAUCCAGGAAAUCGCAGCACGCCAGUGAAGCUGGAUCCAUAAGUGAGCAUGGCUCUGAUAUCAUGGAACAACGGAACACGAACUCCACGCCUACGCCUACGCCAUAUUCUGCUCCUCUGCCUGGCCCUACGUCGUCGCACUCGUCCACAGCCACGCUCAUUCCGUCAAAUGGCAACCUUCAACCUUCGCAGCCCGGACGGUCUCCAACUCGUCGGCCACCAAGAAAACAGACAGAGCUUGAAUGCCCGGACUGCGACUACGCGGCAAAGACGCCGUCAGACCUGAAGAAACACUCGGCCCGCCAUAAACGCGAGUACAAGUGCACAGUUCGAGCCUGCCCGCAGAGCGAGAAGGGUUUCGCCACGGUGAAUGACCGGGACAGACACAUGAAAGCGGUUCACCGCAUCAGCAACCGGCCCAGUAAAUCGUACAAAUGCUUUGCUGAGGGCUGCAACAGGGGAGACAAAGAGUGGCCUCGCCUCGACAACUUCAAACAGCAUCUCAGAAAAAUGCAUGAGGAGCAACCGUUGGAUGAUCUGCUUCAGGCGUCCAACAAGUGGUGGGAAGGGCAAGAAGCCCAGCAGCAAGCGGAGGCGGACGCAGCCUCGCAUGCCAGGCCACACAAUCUUUUUGCCUCAAGCUCUGCUAUGUCUGUCUCGGAGCAGUUCGAGGCAUAUCAGCGCAACUACUCGGACUCCAAUCCAUCGUACAUGUCACUGUCAUCUGGAGGCAGUGAUAUGCUGCGCUCCGUCAGUCACGGCAACCCAGCUCACCCAGCGGACCCUGCUUCGGUUUUGGAUCCUCGUCUUAGGCGGACUCAACAGUUCCAACGGCGAAGUCUUUCCGGCCCAUUGGGCGCGGGAAACCCUCAGCGCCAUUUAGCAGUUCCAUUGCUCAACACUAGUCUCGCCCCUCCUCAACUCCACACACAGAAGACGAGAUCGCAUGCGGACUACUCUGCAUAUCAGGAUCCAUCGCAAGUCUCGACCAUUUUCACAAACCCGACAGUCAACUACCUCUUCAGUUCUGGCCCGUCCCUAGACCCUUCCCCCUUCGCAGCGCGAGCCGGUUAUUCCGUCCCAGGGGGUUUCGUGAAUGAGCAGCCUCGCAGGGUGAAGAAGGCCCGCACAGUCGCUGGUCCCGACAUCAAAUUGUACCGGAUGGCAGAUUUUGGUUCUCCGCAAAAAGUCCAACCCGUCCCAGAGGAUGAUAGGGCAAGCCAAGAUGCUUAUUUGGGAUAUGUGGGAAGCAAUCCAGCUGCUGAUAAUGUACCGACCCCCUCGCCCCAUCAAGCCAGCGUUGCGCAAGCCUUGGAGGACUCCCCAAAGUCGAAGCUCCACAAGCGCCUAGAGGAUGACAUCAAUUCUUUUUUGGUCCAGCACAACUCCAAGGCAGGCAACCAACCGCUAUCCGAAGAAGAGUUGUAUAAGAGUUUUCGGCUUUCACUGGGAAGCAGCGACACCUUGACCAGUUGCGAUGCUUCGCAUGUCGGUCCGCUACCGGGACCUGCUGACGUCAAGCAAAGCCCUACGAAAUAUUGCCCUGCAACGAGGGAGACUUACUUCGUUUGUCCCGUCUGCAAGAAGCCCAAGAAGAGACAAAGUGAGCUCAACAAGCACAUGAACCGCCAUUCGAAGCCCUACGGAUGCGUAUUCGACGGGUGCCAUAAGACCUUUGGCAGUAAGAAUGACUGGAAGAGGCAUGAACAAACACAGCACGAGCAGCAGGAGUGCUGGCGUUGCCACCUGUGCUUUGAAGUCUUCUUUCGUGACGAAAGCUACUACAUCACGCACAUGAGCAACGUCCACUCAACUCACCGUCCCGAAGAGAGUGCUAGACAACAUCGUAUCGCCCGAAACUACCAGGGACGGUUCUGGUGCGGAUUUUGUCGUGAGAUCAUUAAGCACAUGAAGACAGAUAUGGAAGCUAUCAACUUUAGAUUCGACCACAUUGCCAAUCAUUUCACCAAGGACAAGAUGUUGAGCAAGGACUGGGUCGAGCUGAGUGGCAAGGGGAAGACUAAGCAGCAAGAUCGAGAUCAACAAAGUAAGACUGCCACCGAGGGUGGAGAAGACUUCGCGGGCAUGUCUCAAGAUACAUCGAUGAGCACGCCGACGCCGACGCCGACGUCGCCGCACAACGACUCCAGUCCGAUGCAACGCGAUUUCUCACACCAAUCUUCGAGUUCUGAAGGACUCCCGAGCUCCACUACAAUCAUGCAAGACCUGCACUCCAUGAUGGGGCUUCAGAUUCAUACGGGGCCGCUGCAACGGCAAUCCCACCCUGCUCCCGAGCACGCUGGGCCUCAACCGCGACGAGACGUUCAACAACGCCGCACUAAGUAUGUGUACUGCUGUCAUUGCGGCGAGAUAACGAACUCCAGUCUCUCAGACUCGUGCAUGCCUCCUUGCAAUCAUCGUUUCUGCCUGGCCUGCCGUCACGAGGAGCACAUGGACGACGAGCCAUGA